GCGUUUCUGGUUUCUCGCCCGUUGUCGAAGCGGAGAAGCCAUCUCCGAAGUCUAAAGCGAAUCCCUAGCUCUCUCGACUCUCACCUUCACGACGAUUCUCUCGGCUCCCAUCCUCACCGACCCUGCCGUCUCCAGUGCCUUUAACCUCACCAUCGAGAGGAUAUCGUCAGCGUCGUCAGUAACCUCAACGGCUGCUCCUCCAGUCCUCCGGAUAUCCGUGUUAGGUCUUAUAUAAGUGGAUUUCGAAUCAAAGAAAAAUUCUCCAUAUCAGGUUUUAUUGUUCUUUGUUUAUUGCUUAUUGUUCAUAAUUAUCUAUCAUCAUGAAACAACUCUCUGAUAUCAAAAAAGACAAAAAAAGAAAAAAGAGGAGGAGAUAGCCCAAAGCUAGAGGUUCAUUGAAUAAAUAUUUUAGUAAAGAAUCACAUAACACAACAGAAAGCUUAGUUCAAAUUUUAAGUAAUGAAUCAAAUUUGUCAAAUGAAGAUUUUGUUGAAAAUAAUAGUAAUGAAUAUGAAAAAUUUAUGAGAAAUGAAAGUGAUGAGAAUGAGAAAUAUGUAGAAAAUGAGAACGAAGAGAAUACAUAUCUUAAUGAUUUGAAUGAAACUGAAAUUGACAAAACUAAAGAUAUUGAUAAUUGUUGUGAUGAUGAGCGUACAAAUGAAUAUCAAUGUUCGACACCUAGAUAUGAUAUAAACAUAUUUGAUCCAAGAGUUUGGGAUAACCUUGAUACAAAAAUGAGAGAUUUACUUGUGGAAAGAGGCCCUAAAAGAGAAGAUAUUAUUAAGUUUCCUUUAGAUAAAGAAUCUCGACACUUUUCUCAUACUUACUAUGUUCAAAUGUUACCAAAUGGUGAGACUCGUGAUCGAAAAUGGUUAGUAUAUUCGAAGGAGUUGGACAAAGUAUUUUGUAUUUGUUGUGAGUUGUUUAAAGUAAUACACACCAAAAGUAAUUUAGCAAAAGAAGGAGUUAAUGACUGGAAACAUUUAUGUGACAAACUUAAACAACAUGAAAAUAGUGUUGAACACUUCACUAAUCUGAGAGCCUUUGUUGAACUACAAAUGAGAUUAAAGAAAACAUUGACAAUUGAUAAGGAAAUACAAGAACAAAUUAAAAAGGACACAAAACAUUGGAAACAUGUUAUGCUAAGAAUAGUUGAUGUUGUCAAAUGUCUUGCUACACAUAAUUUGGCAUUUCGUGGUACACAUGACAAAAUUUAUGAAGAUGGUAAUGGUAAUUUUUUGGGUCUACUUGAAAUGAUUGCAGAUUUUGAUCCAAUAAUGCAAGAGCAUUUUCGACUCAUUAAAGAUAAAAAGAUUCAUUAUCAUUAUCUUAGUCAUAAAAUUCAAAAUGAGCUAAUAUCUCUUCUAGCUUCUAAAGUCAAGAAUGCAAUAAUUAAAAAAAUAAAAGAGGCAAAAUAUUUUUCAGUAAUUCUUGAUUGUACACCGGAUGCAAGUCACAAAGAACAAAUGACUCUCAUAUUAAGAUGUGUAGAUGUUUCAGAGACUCCAAUUAAAAUAGAAGAGUACUUUUUAGAAUUUAUAAAUGUAGAAGAUACAACUGGUUUAGGUCUUUUCAAUGAAUUGCAAGUUGUUUUACAAUCUUUUCAAUUAGAAACAACUAAAAGAUUAGUAAAAGAAAACAUAAUAGCAAAUGAACUAAUUUAUUUUAAAAUAUUUGAUUAAUUUAGACAUUUCCAUAAAUAUCUUCAUUUCCAAUCAAAUUGUCUAUCCCUCCAUCAGGAUCUGCAAAAAAAUCAGAAACAUCCAAAUGUGUUAUCAUAGAAGGACUAACAAUUGUGUUAUUGUCUUGAAAGACAACAUUUAUCUCUAUAUCUUUUGCAUUGCCCUUUAAAGAGACUUGGUAGAAAUCAAUAAAGUAUUUUGGCGUACGACAAGUAUGUGACCGAUGUCCUUUCAUGUCACAUCUAUAACAUGAAUUUUCUAAUUUUUUCAUCAUUAUCUUGUCCAGUUUGAACCCUUUUAUCAUUGCCAUUUAUCCACUUUUGGUGAACAUUAUUGUUAACCCACUUUUGGUGAGUUGUUGUGUUUCUUUUAUUAUAACCAUCAUGAUUUUCUUGAGAUCGAUCAUUUCCGUAUCUAUGACCACGACCAGGCGCCACGACCACGACCAUGAUGAAAUUUUUGUCUAUGCUGUCGUUUAUCAUUUUUACCAGUUAUCUCAUUACUUCAGGGAUUGUACUAGCACCAGUUGGAAGGAUCUCAUGAUUUUUCAUCAAAAACUCAUUAUUUUGCUCAGCCACCAGAAGACAUGUAAUCAACUCAGAAUAUUUCUUAAAACCUUUCUCUCUAUAUUGUUGUUGCAGGAGCAUGUUAGAUGCAUGAAAGGUAGAAUGUUUUUUCCAACAUAUCAUCAUCAGUAAAUUUUACAUCACAUAAUUUUAAUUUUGAGCUAAUUCUAAACAUUGCUGAGUUAUAUUCACUUACAGAUUUAAAAUCUUGUAAACGUAAAUGAAUCCAUUCAUAACGAGCAUUUGGAAGAAUCACGGUUUUAUAAUGGCUAUACAUUUCCUUCAAAUUAUUCCAUAGCUCAAGUGGAUAUUUAAUCGUCAAAUAUUCAAUUUUCAAUGCUUCAUGAAGAUGGUGACAAAUGAAUAUCAUUGCUUUUGCACGAUUUUGUAAAGAUUUCUUAUUUCCAUCUUUUAUGGCGUCUCCAAGACCUUUAGCAUCCAAAUGAAUCUCCGCAUCCAAAAUCCACGAUAGAUAAUUUUUUCCCGAAAUGUCAAGAGCCACAAACUCUAACUUUGAAAGAUUGGAUAUAGUGAAAAUCUAUUUCAAAGAAAACUAAAUUAUUAAUAAUAAUUAUCAUGCAUCAUAUAUAUUUAUUAAUAAAUGAUAAAAUAUGAUAUAAUUAAAAGAUGAUUUGGUAAUACGUAACUGUAAAAUAUUGUAAAAUUUUUGAAACGUUACAAGUCAUAUAAAUAAAUAACUAACUAAUAGUUAAUCAGAUAAUAGCUAACAAAUGAUUAAGGAACUAUAAAUUUAACUUUUUGGCAUGUGAAUAAUUUUG